UCCACCUGUGAGUUUCAUACUGAAGACGCACCUUGCAAGUAAGAAAGGAUGAUUACUCUGACACUAUUGGUCAUAGCUGCCGGUUGCUGCUUUGCACCUGCCACAUCAGUUUGCAUUAGAAAUGGCGAAGAACAAGAGUCCAGCUGCCUGGAGAAGGCUUUGGCAAAUAAAGGAUUAACUGUUGGUGAUCUGGCAAACUUCAUCUGCACUUAUUACAAAUUCAAGGAUGCGACUGACAAAACAGAACUCAUCAAGGAAAUUCAACACAUUGAGGUUGCCUCUGGCUGUACCCGCAAAGACAUUUUUGGAUCAGAUGCAAAUCUAGAGACGUUAGUUAUGGAUGGCGAUGGUGCACUUCAAAACCUGACUACAACUGUGCAUCAGAUGUUGAAUUACCUCUGCCCAGUACGAAUAACACCAACUGUGUGCCAUUUAUUGUUCCUGCAGCGCAUCAGCCAAGGACAUCUGCCAAACUCUCCAUCUACGCAUACUACUGAAGGGGGGGCUCAUAAUCGACACACUCGUGAUCUUUUAGGCCCAGUUGGAGGGCUUCUAUCAUUAUUAAGUAUUCUUGGUCCCUUAGGAAGCGUGCUUGGUCCCGUAGGAAACUUGCUUGGUCCCGUAGGAAACUUGCUUGGAGGAGUAACAGGUGCAGUUAGUGGCCUUGGAGUGACAGACUUACUUGGUGGAAAAGGGGGAUUGCUAGGAUCAGGAUGCCAAUCUGGAAAUGGAGGAUUACUAAGUGGAGUGGGAGGCCUCCUGGGGUCAGGUGGAUCAGGUGGAGCAUUAGGUGGUUUGCUUUCUGGAAAUGGAGGAUUACUAAGUGGAGUGGGAGGCCUCCUGGGGUCAGGUGGAUCAGGUGGAGGAUUAGGUGGUUUGCUUUCUGGAAAUGGAGGAUUACUAAGUGGAGUGGGAGGCCUCCUGGGGUCAGGUGGAGGAUUAGGAGGUUUGGUUGGAACAGUUUCAGACCUGACAGGAGGACUGACAGGAGGAAAAGGUCAGGGGCUAUUAGGAAGCUUGCCUGUAAGUGGACUGCUAAGUGGACUGCUAGGUGGACUUGGUGGCAUCGCAGGGUGACUUGGAGACACUUUACUUGGAUAAUCUGGACUGUAAAAAAGGAAGAUCAGAAACAAAAUUAUGAAUGAAUUGGGAAUGAAUCUCCACUUCCGCAAAAUCUUCUGUUUCUAUCUAUAGUUUAGUGCAUUGCUGAUUAAUGACUUAAUAAAUGAAAUGAAAAAUGCAUCUCCUUCAUAUAUUCUUAAAACUACUUUAAUAAAAACAUUAUAUGAAAAUAAAAAUUAAUUGAAAAACA